CUCGCUUUACCAUUAUAAUUUUAGCACCUCUUCCAAACGCCUCUUGUGCGUCCAAAACAAUCAAGAACUUACAUAAUUUAAAUUCUACUGCUGGUAUCUCAAUUCCGUCUGUCUGGGUAGAAAACCUAAUGAUUACCCAUUCACCUGUCACUGUCAGUAGGUCGCCCCAUUGUCCCCACCUAUUACUCUAAUAAGUAGGUUCUUGUAUAUGUGAGAUACUUGUUGGUAGCGCACAUGUCGAUGAAUAUUGACCCUUCAAAUGUUCGCAAACUCGCCUGGUAGUUAAUACAUCUCAAGUGUCUCAAACCGCAACUGUGAUGAGUGAAACAAAGGCCCAAAUCUCCUGUUUUCUCUUUGCUGCUUUGCUCCUAACCACCGAAAGUCACACUUACUGCACCAGCUCCUACGGGGUGGAAACGUGCAGCUUUCUGCCCGCAGCCCCCGGAAAAACGCCCCCGUGCGCCCUCCCGGGACUCACCUACUGCGAGCACCCCGAACACUACCCCGGCGAAAGGAUUCAAUAUUUGAUCCAAAAAUGGAGAUUCGAUCAUUCGACUAUUUUAAUAAAUGAGUCCAAAGAAGACUUCACCUCGUAUUACUACCCUCCCCCUAAGCCCAAAUACGGGCCCCCUAACACCCUCCCCGCCUACUACCCCGAACCCAUCCACAUCCCUAAGCCCAACUACGUGUACCAACAGAACAGGGCGGGAAACACCUACAUACCGCCCCCUUACAACUCCACUCAAACUUUUGGCGGAUUCCCCCAAGGCCAGUAUGUGAAAUACAAAUACUCGAAUAAUAUACCACCAAGUGUUCCAAGGGAGGCUUACGGCCCUCCUAGCUACUUAUCACCCUUGGCCCUUCCCCAAAUCAACCCUUACGCCAAUAAAGUAUGGAACAGGAAAGACGACAAGUACGGAAAAGCCCUUCUAAUACGAAAAAAACGCUCCAGUCAUUUAAGAAAACUGAAAUCUCUGGUUUUGCCCUCAAAUGGUACCACCCUUGAGCGCACCAAGCGCCAAAACGCCCUCACAGGGCAAACCCUUUGCACUUCACGAUCUCAGUACAUCAUGCCUAGGGCGGCUCUGAACAACAAGGGCAACUGGAUGUACGUUGUGAACAUGCCAGAGCUGGACAAUAGGUUCAGCCAGCUUGUCAAAAGUGAAACUUGCGCAUCGCAGACGUGCAGCGGGCUUUGUGGCCUCCCUGUGGGCUAUACGUCCAGAUGCGAGCAGAAGUACGUGCAGAAGAGGCUAGUGGCCUUGGAGGGUGCUGGGAAUGAACUCUACACCGAUGUGUUCUGGUUUCCUAGUUGUUGUGUUUGUACCAUUUCGAACGGAUGAUUUUUGUAUCUUGAACGUGUAGUAGCGUUUUUUAAUUAUAGUCAAAGAAAUG